GUUUGAGUGAAAGAGUCAAUUUUUGUUCUGAACGCUAGUUUGUCAGAAAAAACCAAACAAAGGAAAAUCGCUUGACGUCCUGCUUUUUUUACAGGGAAGGGGAAGUACUUAAAUCUUACGCACUAAGCAGUGCCAGGAUGAAAGUGAUACAGGCCUACUUCAGUCAAUCAUUACCAUCUAGUUUUUUUGUGCAUUUUGUCUGAGAUCAAGGACGUUUGAGUAAGUCGAUGUGGAAGUAGUAGCACUUCCUUUCCGGUUUUCACUCCGUCAUUGGUCACCAUGGUAAUCCCGUAAAGGUAAAAAGUUUCAUUCGUUUUUCUUGGAUUUUUCUCCUCGCUGCAGUGGAAUUUGUUAUGAAUGUAGCAUUAGAUUCUACUACCUGGUGUUAUCAUCUACAGGCUACUUAUUUUUAUUGGAUUUUUCUCCUCGCUGCAGUGGAAUUUGUUAUGAAUGUAGCAUGAGAUUCUACUACCUAGUGUUAUCAUCUACAGGUUACUUAUAAUACUUAUAAAAGUAUAAAUUUAUGUAGUGUUGAUACAGGUGUAAGAACAAAUGAAGAAAAUGAAGCGUGGUCAAGGUUUUGUGUCGUCAAGGCUAGUGCUUUGGCUAACUGCCUUGUAUAGCCGCGGCGCGGAACAUGGAGGAGCAGGCGUUGGUAAAAAAAAUUUUGCAACUUUCAAAGUGAGUGAGAAACAUCUUUCCUCUGAUCAUAGGUUUCAAAAUCAUAUUUUUCGUUGCUUGGUGGUGGGCUCUCUGUAUAUUAAGGACAUGGCCUUGCUGACGGGUUGCAUUGACCUUCCUUGACUGACUUACUGAAUUGUAGCAAUAGUCGAUUUCCCAAGAAACUGUUGACUGUCGCUCAGGUGCGGUUGCAACUUCGGCUAGUGCCGCUGUCCCUACGCCGGGAGGGGAAGUUGAUGCUCAUGCUUUACUACGGGAGCUUGAGAAUGAUAUUGCUGCACUAGACGAGCGAAAAGCUCAACUCCGCGACGACCCAGACGACCGAAACACACGUAGCGCUUCAUCAGUCGAUGCUUCAGUGACGAUUAUGAGAAUUGAUCAUGAUUAUAGAGGUGGAGGAACCAACAUACAGACGGAGGCUAUAGCUUUUCAUGUCCUUCAUGUCCACAUAGUUUUUUGUGUCCUGCUCUGUACUUGUGAUGAAAAAUCUCUGCACGACGAUGCUCUUCUAAUACAAGCGGGAUGCCAGCAUCCGGAGGUCACUCAUCAACCUAUGCCAAGCAUUUCGAUACGACUGUCGGAAGGUCCAGUAAUUCACCAUCCUCUACUCAUAGUUCUAGUACUUCUGGUUCCACACCCUUCGCGGACAUGUCCAUCCUUGAGGACUUUGCAGGCUUCGAUCUUUUUUCUGAACACAAAGAAGCAGAAGGCGCUACACGUUUCGAGUUGGCAGAAGAGGAUUGGGCUAAAAUGACAGAAUCCGAAGCGAUCCUGAAAGCUGUGCAAAAGUACUAUAACUACAUUGUGACUUGAGCAAGUAGCUCUAACGAAUUGUAAUUCUAUCUUCUACCACAAAAUCGUACCCGUUGGUUUGCUUAGUUGUUUUCACUAGGUAGAUUUUUCUCAACUCCUUCCACAGGAGAUGAGGGACCCCGUACUCCCAUCCUCUCUACCCUACUAGGACCGUCCCUUAUUCGGAGGCGUCGGCGCUUGGAUGCCGCGAUCACGUGGUUGGAACUUUGCAUGCCUAUUUGCUCGAGAAGUUUCGGUUCAGCAAGUUGCGGUUUUUACGUCACGGCUUCGCGCAUUUCGAUGCCAAUGGUGAUGGCAUUAUCUCCGAGCACGAAUUCUAUCUGUUCCUCAGAUCCCGACCGCAAUUUCAUGCACCAUGCGGCAAACCAAAACUGCUGUUUCGAUACGUUUAUGAGAGGAACAUCACUCUUAAUAUUUUUACUCUUUCUUUGUCUUCAUCUCUUGGUUGUUGUGUAUCUCUCCUUACUGUUACUUCGUUUUGCCUAUCGUGGAAGAUGUGCUCUCGUCUUCCUCUAAGAAUAUGAUUUUCAUCGAGAUCUACUUCUCUUUACAACUUGUCUGUUCGCCUUGUCUUUCAAUUUCUUUUCUAAUAGACACAGCAAAGCAGACGAGUGUUAGACCUAGUGCAAUUCGAGUAUGUCGAAGCAGUGCAGGAUUACCUGAGGGCAAACGUUCAUGAGCAAUAUCUCGUACCGUUUUGGGACCUCGUGGUGCAUGCAGCCAAAGCAGCAAGGCAUUAUUUUAUGAAUCAGGGGAAUGUACAUUAGAUAAUUGGAACGAAUGUUAUUUGGGAUAAAGGAUAAAUUUUCGUGUAGAUUUUUUUUCUUUACUCUUAUCGUACGUGUACGAGGUACGAACGUUUACGUUCUCGUGCGGUACCCGUUCGAGACGACAGUUCAAACUACAACAUCUUCCAGUAUCCCUCCGCAGGUGCAACGCAACCACCUUCUUCAAGCAUUGCGAUUUGUUGAAAAGUCACUUCUAAUUUCUUCUUUGUUUAUUCGGCAAAAGCAGAGGCGCGCAUGUUGGAGAAGUAUUGGGAGACCGCGGCCUUCACCGCCCAAGCAAUUGAGGACACAGAGGAAGCGGCGCGCAAGCUUGUCAGGGAGUCUUUCCUCGAAAAGAAUGCUGCCUGGCGUCGAUUCUUAGAUGAUACUUUUGUUAAGGAGAGGUUUGAUAUCUUCUCAUCUGUUCAAGGAUUUUUAGAUGAUACAGAUAUUUUUGUUAAGACGAGGCUUGAUAUGUUUGCAUCUGUUGAAUGGAUGUUGUACUUCUUUCAAUGUCUUGUUAUUUUCAGGAGGGCAAGCGAAACUUGCUUUCUAGAAGUCGACGUGAUCAAGGAUUCUGACCCGAUCAUGCAUGCAUAAGAGAAUGCUCAGAAGGAUCAAUAAGCAACACCAGCACGACCGGUAAUUAUAAUUCAGGUAGAGGUUCACUACUCCCUCUACUACUACAAGGAUAUGAAAAGAUCACUUACUACGAGGGUUUAGAACAACUUGAAUAUAAUAUAUAUAUAUAAAAUGUUGCUACUUGCUUCUAACUAAUAAAACUAUUCCACCUUCUAAUUCAAGUGAAGGGAGUUGUGAUAGAAUCGCGGCUUUGCUGCUAGAGCAUGCUCAGUUGGACGUGGCGUCGAAGAGUUACUUUCUGGACCUUGAGGACAAGCGAGCAAACCGCGAAGCUGAACGAGUGGAGGCGGAGAGAGCGAAAGAGGAGGAGGCAAGAGUAGAAGCAGAAAAAGCCCAAAAACGAAGGGAAGAGGCAGAGGAGGCAGCACGAGCAGCUCAGUGCGAUACCAGUUCCUCGUUUGUUAAGGUCGUUUGUUAA